ACAGCGCCUCCUUUAUAAUUCGGUGACCCACAAAGGGAAAAUUUGCGGGUCGGCAAGAAAUUGGAGAGAGAGAGAUAGAGAGAGAGAGUUUCUCUCUCCCCGAUUGAAGAAGAUCUUCUCUCCAUCUGAGGCACAAUUAUUGCGAUUUUUAGGUUGGAGGAGGAGAGACUGUUGUUGUUCUUCCCAACAGGUGUAAGAAAUGGAGCAUAAUGAAACUGGAUGCCACCCUGCAACUGAAGGUCCCAUUUUGUGCAUCAAUAACUGUGGGUUCUUCGGAAGUGCAGCAACCAUGAACAUGUGUUCGAAAUGUCACAAGGAUGUGAUGAUGAAAGAAGAACAAGCCAAACUUGCUGCCUCUUCCAUUGAGACCAUUGUAAAUGGUUCAUCUUCUGCUGCCAAGAAGGAGACUGUUGAUUUGCAAGCAGUUCCAUAUGAAUCUAAAUAUGAGUUGCGUGUGGAACAAAGGACUGCUGAUUCAGACGCUGUGUACUACUUGGUAGAAAAGAAGAAGGAAGGGCCCAUACGAUGCACUACUUGUAACAAACGUGUAGGCCUAACUGGAUUCAAAUGUCGUUGUGAGAAUAUGUUCUGUGGAACUCAUCGCUACUCUGACAAGCACGAUUGUUCUUUCGACUAUCGUGGUGCUGGCCAGGAUGCAAUAGCCAAAGCCAAUCCAGUUGUCAAGGCUGAAAAACUAAACAAGAUCUAGUGGAGAACAGAAAAAAAAACAAAUAAAUCUGUUUCUGCUAAGAGCCAUGCAACUGUUAAUACCACCAUCAAAUGAGUUCGGUUGGGGCAUAAAUAGCUUAAAGAUGACUCUUUAUCUAUUUGUUGCACUUUUCCUUGUAGCUCGUUUGUUUGCUCGUAGUGUUGUGGUUGGGGUUUGUUUCUAGAACUUUUCUGUCUUAUUUCCUUUCAGUUUCGAGUGGUGUCUGUUUUUCAAUGUUCUGCUUCUGUAAUGGACAUGUUUCUGCUUUUCUUAAUCUAAGUUCAUGGUUGUUCUUGCUGGUCA